AUGCAACACAUGGUUCUCCAAAGCGAUAUUGCGCCUCGACUCAGAUGGAUGGGCCAGGUUGGCCGUGCCAAAGUCUUUCUUGUCAAUUCUCAAACGUGGCAAGCCUUUGUGGAUUUACUUUCGAAGGCAACCAAGCACAAGGGAUGUGUGACCAUCUUCAGUGAAAGUCAAAAGGAAAAAGCCAGAAAGGUGGCUCAGGCUUGCGCUGCAAAAGAACUGAUCACAUCAGCCAGCGGCCCAUCUGCAUCCAAAUCGGAGGUUCGUGUCCUUACCAAAGAAUUAGAGCCCGGGAACUCCGGAGACAGGGUUGUCUUGGUUUGCCCAUGGGAUCCUAAGAUCCUUUACCGGUUAACAUGGAGCGGGGCUUGGGUUUGGGCCAAAGCGGUGCAAGCGGGCAUGGCGACUCGUGAAAUCCCUCCUCGCACUUAUGAGUACCUCGCCAUUAUGAAGAAGUCGCGUGUCUACCACAAGGCUAUGAAAGUAGACGAUCGAGUGAAGAUGCAAAGCGGCAAUUUGCACUUGGACCUUUCUCCUACCUUUAACAAGGCUGGCGGUUCUCAUCAGUCUUUUUUCGAACCACCAGCAAAAUUAUUAUUUCAAAAACCAAUGGCUGGUGGCUCCAAGAGAUCUGCAAUUUUCAGUAUCUCCGAUGAUGGUGAGAGAAAUGAUAAGAAAAAAAUCAAGGUUGAACCUGGUAUGCUCACCAUCUCUCAGUAUCUUGAAUACAGAAAUGAUAAGAAAAAAAUCAAGGUUGAACCUGGCUUUGAAGAUGAAAAAAGAAACAUCGAGCCAACCAAAAGGAUCACCAUCGUGUUGUCCUCUGAUCCACCCUCUCCUUCACCUAUCAUCAAACGAGAGCCAGGCUCGCCCUCCGGAUAUGGAAAUGGCAUGGCCAUCAUGCUGUCAUCGGACUCACCUAAACCCGAAAUCUUCUCGUCUCAAGUUACGGUUAAGAACAACAUCCAAAAUGAGCCCGCUGGGACGAUGGACCUUGCCCCAGUCAACUCAGACAAAGAUAACUAUCCUCAACCGUGCCGGCGUCAAAUCUUGGACCGACCUCAUUCCCAGUGUCCAAUUCACCAAGAGUUCUCUCACUGCGCGAGGCAUGCACCCUAG